UGUUUCCUGUUCCCCCUCCCCUUCUGUCAUGAUUGCUCUGAGAUCCUCUGCCCUCAUCCUGGGCUCUUGCUAUGCUGUGUUACUCUGCCUGUCUGGUUUUAUGAAUCCUGACCUGCUGCCUCAGUGUUACUACAUAAAAAAUUAUACAGAUGGGUAGAGAAGAGUUCACAUCAGGUUGCUUCAGUUCUUUAUAAUUUUGAGGUACUUGCAGCCCUGACCUUCUCCAUUUGUCCAGAACCAAGAAUGAGGGAGUGAAGCUGGUGAGGUUUACAUUUACAGAAGAGAGCUUGUAAGUGGCUGUAAGAGCAUCUUCUAGUACUAUGGAACUAACUAUUUCCCCUAGAGCAGGAAAGGUGUUGAAUAAGUUUUUUUGUCCUCUGUCAGUUUACAAUGUGCAGUAAGGUAUCAGGCCAAAAUCCAUUCUACCAUGUGAUGUUACCACCAUUGCCCUUCAGCAUCUUGUACUGGAGACCAAAGCAAGUAGUGGUAGAGCUGCACUUGUCCAUCAUCUGAUUUGGAGUAAAGCUUUGGAAGCAGUCCAAUGUGGUUUACUGCACAUUGUAAUUAAUUUUCAGAUAAUGCCUAGAAUAAUAACAACAAAUGAGUAACCACCUAACUGGAUACAAAAACAUUUUUCCCAUCUUGACAACAGAACAACAGCAAUAUGCUUAUAACAGUGGUCCCUGACUAGCCUAUCAAAUCUGAUUAGUCAUAAGACAUUAUUUUAAUUAAACCUUCUUUGGGAAGAGGGUGAUGAAAUGUGGCUGGCAGCCUGUUCUUGUGUUACUGUGCAUAGUGCUUAACAGUUUUGUUUGCUGACAAAUGGCUUCUGAAGUAAUGUUGUCUUUAUAAGUGCACACUCACAGUGCAUCAGCAAGACCUGUGUGAUAUAAACUCAAAUGCUUUGUGAAUCUAAAGUGACUGGCUCUUGAAAUGAUCCAUUUAAUGACUAGCUUGCUGCUGAUGUGCCUUGGCUAGUUCUGUGGUUAAUUAAGCUGUUGCAUAUGGCAGAGGAAUUAUUUUUCUCACUGCAUCUUGAAGUUAAUGCAGACACCUGGUCAGCAUUAGGAUUUUACUAUCAGAUUGUCAGCAAAAGCAAGGUAAAUAUAUCUUAUGUGGGGUGGCACUGAGACUUGAUGCAGUUGUGGCGUCAUAGGCUACUGCAGUCUAUCUGCAGCUUUCUUGGAAGUGGGAUGUGCAGUUUUGUCUUGUUGGGAUUUAUAUGCAUUACCAUUUGUGUCCCUGGAGCAGUAACUGAUAGUAACUGGUGCUGCCUUGAGCAAACACCCUUAUCAAUUGAAGUUGGCAAAGUGAGGAGGUUACUUUCUCUAAUCAGAAGUUUUUGGAAUCCUCUAAAAAAAAAAGGAAUUCCUUUUUAGUCUGAGGUAGUAACUAGAAAAAAGAACUUUGAGAAAUUAAAUGAAGUGUGUGGAGGUCUUGUCCAGGUUAAGUGGAGAGUGGGCAGUGCUUGCACAGUGCCACGCAGUCUUCAGUGACAAACAGGGGACUGGUUGAGGGUGUGAGGGCUGUAUGAAUUAUGUGUCACCUGGCUUUUUUACUAAAAACAAAUCCAGUAUUUGACCUAAUUGCUACUCUCACACAGAGGAACUACCAACACAACAACUUGCCUGGCAGUGAAACCUGGGUCUGAAAGUGCAGCUAUUUCAUGUGCUGUUGUCUGCAGUCUGGGCACUGGGACCGGUUCUAGAUGGCUUCUAAGAAGUUGGGAUCCGACUCUCAUGGGCCUUUCAGUUACCUUGAUGAUGUCCCAUUUAAGAUAGGAGACAAGUUCAAAACGCCAGCAAAGGUUGGAUUACCCAUUGGUUUCUGUCUAUCUGAUUCUUCUCAACUUGUCAGAGAAGCCCAGUAUGACUUCUCACUGGAAAAGAAAACAAUCGAGUGGGCUGAAGACAUCAAAAAAAUUCAGGCUGCCCAGAGACAAGCUGAACACAAGGCAGAAGACGCUCUAGCAAACUCAAAAGCAGCUCCAGAGGACAACACCAAGAUGGGGUUCUCAGAGGGACCUUGCCUUGAAGCCAUGCCUCCUCCUAUUAACCCCAUCCUUGCUAGCCUGCAGCACAAUAAUAUUCUGACUCCUACCCCAGCAAACACCAGCUCUGUGAAGCAAAAGGUCCUCAGUCCACCUCACCCAAAGGCAGAUUUCAACCCAGCUGAUUUUGAAUGUGAAGAAGACCCUUUUGACAAACUGGAAUUAAAAACUAUAGAUGAUAAGGAGGAAUUAAAAAAUAUCCUUGAAAUUCAUGUUGGUACUACUGGGCCAAUUGUUGCCCAGCUGUUAGAUAAUACAUUGCCUAAAGGAGGGUCUGAGUCUGUGUUGCAAGAUGAGGAAGUUCUGGCAUCCAUAGAAAAGGCCACGUUGGACUUCAAACCCCUUCACAAACCAAAUGGCUUUAUCACUUUACCACAGUUGGGAAACUGUGAAAAGAUGUCCUUGUCUUCCAAAGUGUCCCUUUCCCCCAUCACUUCAGUGAGCAAUAUCAAAUCCCUGUCAUUCCCUAAGCUUGACUCCGAUGAGGGUGAUCAGAAAUCAUCAAAGCUCACAAGCACUUUCCACAGCACUACCUGUCUCCGCAAUGGCACUUUGCUCGGCUCUUUGCAGACCUGUGCUCAGAGCAAAGCCAGUGAACUGAAUGGACACCAUAUGCUUGGUCUUUCCGCUCUAAAUGAGGACAGUGGCAGGGAGACAGUAUCCUCUUCAUCCAGGCUGUCUUCCCUAGCUGUUUCGACUGUUUGUACAGAAGAAGAAUCAUCUCAAAGCACAUCAACUACGCAGGUACACCCAGACUACCAGGAAACAGAAAUCCCUGUGGUAACACACCAAAACUUUGCAGUGUCUAAAGUGUCCAACAGCAGCAGCUGCAUGAAGUGGCCAGGCGGUCUCGCGGCCGAGCUGCAGCGGGGCCUCUCCCCCAGUGAGAGGCACUGUGUGGAGACUGUGGUCAACAUGGGCUACUCACCUGAGAAUGUCCUGAAAGCCAUGAAGAAGAAAGGACAGAACAUAGAUCAGGUUUUGGAUUACCUGUUUGCACAUGGACAGCUUUGUGAGAAGGGCUUUGAUCCACUUCUUGUUGAAGCAGCUUUGGAAAUGCACCAGUGUUCAGAGGAGAAGAUCACAGAGCUUCUCCAAUUAAUGAGUCAAUUUAAAGAAAUGGGCUUUGAACUCAAAGACAUUACGGAGGUCUUAUUAUUACACAACAAUGACCGACACAAUGCUUUGGAAGAUCUAAUGGCCCGUGCAGGAGCCAGCUGAAGACACAUUCCUGGAUUCUUGGCGUGCAACGGAGCAGGACCAGCCCUGCCACCUUCACAUCCAGUGUGACUUGCUCUCAGCUUUUUGCAUAGAAGGGAGAGUGACUGAGAAGCCUGCCUGCGUGCAUCACUUCAGCAUUUCUCUUUCCAAUGAGGGCCAACUUUGCUUCUUAAAUUAAAGUGUCCUUUCCUAAGUUUCCUUUUUCCAGCUUGGCCAUGGAAAGUUGAGACUGCCCAGCCUUGACUGGAAUUGUACAUAGGUAGAGAUGGAGUGGUUCCCCCCUCGUUGUUGCACUGGAGUUGGACAGAAGAAUAUUAAGUUGGUUCUGAAACUAGGAUGCUUUGGUUCUUUGAAGCUGCUCUCCUGGUGUCUUGUCUGCUUGUACUGAAUUACUUGACUGUGUCACAGUCCAGAUUACCUGGUUAAAUUUGACCUUUAGUGCAAUGGAGUUUUAUUUUUUGGUUGAAAGUUAGUCUGUAACUUAGUAAAACACUGGUUCAGAAACUGUCACUAUGCAUAAAGAGAGAACCUUGUUUUUUUUGUCCUCUUGGAUUUUGUUUUUUACCCAUGCAUCCAACACUUCUGCCAGACAUGAGUGUCCAAUGCUGAGUGGUAAGGUUCCCUUGAAGCAGGUAAGCUGGACCUGCCAACUUGUGUUGGUUCUUGAAGCUGAAGGCAGAGAGCUGGGGUUCAGUAUUUUUAAUCUCCCGGGCUUGUAGGAUAUUUAAGACAAUGCCCUAUUAGAAAGUCAGUUAAUAUUUUUGUUUUAAAUAAUACACAGUGUAAUGCAGGAGGUUUCUUUCAAGCACUUUCUUUAAAACAAAUAUACUCACUGCAUUAGUUCCAUUUUUCACACUGCUAUAGAAUGACAUAAUAAUAUCUAGUACUACAAAUCAGAUUUGGGGUUGUUUUUGAUAGUUCAAAGUAUUACGUUUGUACAUUGAUCAAGUUUAUAUACAUGAAAUAUCAGCAGUCUUGAGGAAUCUCUAAUUUGCUAAAUAUUUUGAUUCUGCAGAAGAACAACUAAUAAAACCCUGAAACAUAACUCCUAGUGUCAUGGUUCCCAUCUCUCAUGCUCUUUGGCUUCAGCAGACGGGGACCUUGCUGGAUCCUGCCUGCCCAGGUGCUGCCAGCUCCUGUUGGAACAAGUGAGCACUAUUGGGCAGAACAACCAGAGGUCUCUGGGCUGCAGCUGCAGUGGUAGAAGGUAGAAGCUGCUGUGCUUCUCUGUGGCUUAUUUUUUGGUUUGUGGCAAAACCCCAGCCUAGGGAUCAAAACUCAUGUUAGAGCCUGGAGCUGGAGGGUUGGACUGCUGGAGGGCAAAAUGUCUCAGCUCAUUGCAUCAGUGUAGGUUUUUCAGUAGUAGGUUUCAGCUCAUCCGGACUCCAAAGGAGAUGACAUUUGUCUCUAUUGUGUUGUUAACUUUCUAUGACCAAAACAUCUAACUUGGGCCCAGUGUGCACUCCUGGAAUUCUCUGUGGGGUGCCCAACUGUGUGAAUUAAAUGUUUACUCAAAAUGAUGCAAGAGAGAGAUCUGCUGGCAAGUAUCUAGGAUUUGUGGAGAGGGAUAAUGAGGUUGCCUUGCACAUACCCCGUAGUGUUGACCUUCACCAUUUUCUAGUGGAGGAGCUGAAAUAAAGAUUGUCUAAGAAGGACAUUCAGCAGCUGGUGGGACAGCAGCUGCUGCUUCUCUGAGUGCAGGUAAUGAAUGCCCAGCUUUUCUUCCUUCCCAGGUGAGAAAUGCAACAGUGAAGUGAGGAAAUGGGGUUCCUGAUUAACUGGAAAACCUUGAAAACAAAACUCAAACUGCUUUACCAUCGCUGCUGUGAGCAUUUGGUUGUGUUGCUUGUUCUGGUUUUCUCAGAAUUGCUACCCCAGUGAGUCCCUGUCUGGUACCAGGUGGUCCUGAAGGGGCAUGAAGUCUUGGCCAGCAAAGAAAUAACUAUUUAGAGCAAACCUCUGAAUAAAAUAAUUUCUGAUUGUA